AUGUAAGCCUUGAUUGAAAUUCCAUCAAUUAAUAUUUAAAUCAUUAAGAAAGAGAUUUUUUAAAAGAUGGAUUAAAAUUAAUAUCAUAAUAUGAAUCAAGCAAGUAUCAUCAAAAUUUACUAAUUUAAAAUCAAGCAAAUGGUAGAUAGAUGA